AACGCGCGCGUGCGGUACCGGCUGUCGGAGGGGCGGGUGCGGGGCGCGCCGCUCUCGUCCUACGUGUCGGUGCAGGCGGAGACGGGCGCGCUGUACGCGCUGCGCUCCUUCGACUACGAGGAGGUGCGCGAGGUGGGGCUGUGGGUGCGGGCGGAGGACGGCGGCGCGCCGGCGCUGAGCAGCAACGUGUCGGUGCGGCUCGUGAUCGUGGACGAGAACGACAACGCGCCGCAGGUGCUGUACCCGCCGGCGGCGGCGGCGGCGCCGGGCGCGGGCUGGUCGGGCGUGGAGCUGGCGCCGCGCUCGGCGGAGCCCGGGGCGCUGGUGGCCAAGGUGGUGGCG